AGUGAUAUAUGGUUUCAUUCGAUUGUGUAUUCAGCGAAAAUCCAACAUGAGUUAUCAACUUUACCGAAACACCACACUGGGGCAUACACUACAGGAGAGUUUAGACGAACUCAUACAGUACGGGCAGAUAUCACCCCAGCUAGCCUUGAAGGUCCUGAUCCAGUUUGACAAGGCGAUCAACACUGCUCUAGCCAACCGUGUGAAGAACAGGAUCACGGUGAAGGGAAAAUUGAACACAUACAGAUUCUGUGACAAUGUGUGGACCUUUGUACUGAAUAACGUGGACUUCCGAGAAGUUCACGAAUUCGCCAAAGUUGACAAAGUCAAAAUUGUUGCCUGUGAUGGAAAGAGUGCUGCUGGAGAACACUGAAUGACUGCUGUGGAAAUCUGUACAAGUGGAUGGAAAGCUAGUGUAAUAGUUGUGACUGAAUCAAGUGUGUUAAAUGGAAACAGAGCUAUGAGUAUGCAGAAGGGAGGCUACUCUUGGUGUGAGUGAAGGGAGAUUAUUUUAAUGGUAAGAGUAUGAAUGAUUAUUAUGACAUCUAGGAGAAAUGUGAGGACAUGUGAAUGGAGAUCUGUGGGGAUAAGUGAAGGGAGGCCACUCAAAGUGCAAGUAAAAAAACUACUCUUGAUAGAGAGAAAUCAAGAUCAAUUGGUGCAAGAUGUUGUGAUGAAGUCAAAUUAGCGGAGUGAAAGCAGAAAUGAUUAUUUUCAAUUGUUUUCUAAACUUUCGAAGGCAAAAUGAAAACUGCACUCGGAUGUGUCGUGUUCAUUAUAGGCUGUAACAAUAGAUAGUACAAUACACUGAAGGAAUUGCUUUUGUUUGGUUUAACCCUUUAGGAACAAGAUAGGAUUCAAAUUUUCAAAAUCACAAGUUUAUAUUGUUGUAAGAUCCAUAUCUGGGUUUUACAUAUCUGGGUUUUAUAUAUCUGUGUUUUAUAUAUACUUGGCUCACAAUCAAGUAUCCACAUAAUUUGUGUUUGAGACCAGCCUGUUGAAAUAGUUUUCAAUUCAUUCAACAUUACUUGAGAUUGACCCUACAUCAUUGUGACCUGGUUGUUGAAUUUUUUUAAGAUGUGGUUCGUGAAAAAAAUCAAGAUAUUGUAGUUUAACAAUAGCUGUCAUGUUAUCAAAAUAUAAUCCUGGUAAAUGCUAAUUUUUUAUGUUGCUCGCAAUUGGUUAGAGAGAACUUCUCUAUAGCAUAUCUCAUUGAGCGUAACACUUUUAAACCAGAGAUCCAGGGUUCAAAUCAUAGCAGAAGCAUUGUAGUGAAUUCUGAUCUCUGUUACCAGAAGCAAAUCCUUAGAAUUGAUCUAUUUGAGUCUGUAUUUACUAAGGCCUUGUUAGGAAAUGAUGAUGUUCUUGAUCUCGUUUUAAUCAUGUUUGAAGUUUUCAUCGGCCUCUGAUUAACUCAGAACUUUUAUCAUUGAUGUACUUUAUCAUUGCUGGACUUCAAACAGGGGAAAAAAUGCUUUCUCUUAGAAUAGCAAUCGUUUCCUGGAUUCCAGAUAUGGUUUUUAAGUUACAAGUUUUUUCUAAAUGUUUCAUAGCUUUAAAGGAAAAGAAAAAAUGACAGUAUGUUAAAAAAUAAUGAUACAACGUACAUCCCAGAAAUGGCCACGAAAUUGGAACAAAUUUCUGAAAGAAUUUACAUGUGUUUGCCAUAAUUUGCAAAUAUUGUCAAUUCAAGAAAUUUUCUUGUAAUGUCUUUUUUUUCAAAUCUUCCAAUGAAUGAAUGUCCAAUCUUAAUCCAUUUGAUUCGGUAUAAGAUAUGGCACCAGAUGGAUGGAUGAAAGCUUCUGUCAGUUUUAUGUGUCAAGACCGUUACAGAAGAUAUCACUGAUCAUGUGUUUUAAGUGACUUCAGUAAAACAAAGGAUGUUUAGGUGAUUGUUGAUGUUAUUGUAUGUAUUCAGGGGUAAAGUUGUUCUCACUAAAAAUCAUGAUGUCGUUAAUUACAGUUCUGUAACAUAUAUUAAUGGGCUCAUUUUUCACGGUUUUUAUAAAAAAAUUACUAUUUCAAGAACACUUGAUUCUUUGAAUAGAUGUGGUUCAAUAAAUCUAUUUAUACUAAUUUAACAGUUCCUGGACUUCUGGAUUAUAAGUAGCAACAAAUUCUACACAUAUAAAUCCCCUCUGAUAAUAAUUGAUUUUACUAUAUUUAUACAAUGUUUUAUGUUAAGUUUAUCUUGGGUUUGUCAAUUCAUAAAGCACUUGUAAGUAUGGACAUUAGAACUCCAUGAUAUACUGUAUAUAUCUGGUACCUGAUAAUAAGCCAAUGUCUGGUAAUAAGCCCAUGUCUGGUAAAAUGUCAAUGUCUGGUAAUAAGCCCAUGUCUGGUAAUAAGCCUGUAUCUUGUAAUAAGUUCAUGUCUUGUAUAAAGGCAGUGUCUAGUAAUCAGAUCAAUAUUGUCUUGUAAUAAGCCCAUGUCUGGUAAUAAGCCCAUUCAUUAUAAUAGGAAACUUGUUUUAAUUAGAUACUUGUGGUAUUUAAUGAGGAAAAAGGAAGUAAAAAAGUCUGAAAUGUGAAUCUUUGAUGCUAUGUGAAACGUUUUGUGACAUUUAUGUAGUACUGUAUAACUGUAAAGUUUUGCUUUGUGGUAUUAAAGAUCUUUUUGGUGAAAUUUGAUCUAACAUUUAGGUCAGUUUUCUGACCUAUCACAUUGAUGUUGUAUCAAUAAAGUAAUUUAAUGUAA